UUGUUAAUUCGAUUUAGACCUGAAGAUAAAACUUAAAUUCGGAAUAAGUUGUUGAAAUUUUCCAUUGUUUUUGUAUUUAUUGAUUAAUCUAAUAAUCAAGAUGUUUUUACCAUAGAAAAUACAUUAGUUUUGAUAUUUCGUGUGUCCAUAAUACGACUAAAAAAAUAAACCCUUUAAUUGAAUGCAAUAAUCUUAUUUGAGUAAAAAAAUAGGGAAAUAAAGAAAACAACAGUGAUUAGAAAAACAGAUUAAAAUAGUUUGAUUUUUAUUGACGCAUCAAUAGAGAACGCAAACACGAAUUUUUAUUAUUCGAAUUAGAUAAUCAACAAACAACAAGUAAGCAACGGUAAGCUUGUAAAAGAGACAAAAGGGAGCGACAUAGUAACCAAAAUCUCUAACUUAAGUCUGGAAACCAACGUAAGUAUUUCUAUACGAAUUAUGAUAUAAUUCUCAUCGACAUAACCCAUAGCUUGCAUUUUUCAACAGACCAUUGUCUUUUUUUUAAUUACUUUAAGCAUUUAUCAUAUUCUAAAAGUUAUUGUGAAUGCUAAGUUUUUCAGUUCGUCCAGUUAUUCGUUGACAAUUAGUUUAAAAAUGCUUUCACAUGUUGACAAACUAUGGGAGAAAAAAAGAAAGUAUACUUUGAUCGCUUAUGUGGUGCAAUACACCAUCAUCGGAUUCGAAAAAUCUGUGACUGGUAUUACAUUAUGGAUGUACUUAACAACUGUGAUAAAAACUGGAAAUCCCGAAUUAUUUUUCGGAAUUAUCGGUUUGGUUUAUUUUGCCCCUUCUUUAUUUUUCUCAAUGUUGGUGGCAAGACUGGUAGAUAGGUCACGAAGAAUCAAGUUGAUUAUAUCAAUAUGUAAUUUUAUGAGUAUGGUUGGUUGUAUAGUAUAUGUCAUUCCAAGAUCGCCUUAUUAUCCUAUGAUUGGUCAAAUACUAAUGGGACUGAACUUUUCUAUCACAAGAAUAAUAACUUCUGCAGAAAUAGCUAGAUCGUAUCCAACUGAUGAAAUGGAGAAGAAAUUGCCAGUAUUAAUGGUAUUCUUCUUCGUUGGUUAUUCUGUUGGUCCAAUCGUUGGCAACUUUUUACGAAACGUCAACUUUACUUUAUUUGGUUUGCCUAUUACCAUCUGUAAUAUAUCUGGUCUUCUUUCAUUGAUACUCUUCAUGUUUGCACAAAUUUCUAUCCUAAUUCUUGCACAUGAUCUGUCAAGAGAAUACGAUCUAAAAGAAAUAACAUCAGAAAAGAAACACAAACCUUUAAAAGAUGAAGAAGAAACUUCGUGGAAUGUAUUAAAAAAAGUUGUGAAAAAUUUUGAUGUCCUUUUUGUUAUGAUAAUGACAAUAUUAGCUGCAUUCUCUCGACUGGCAUUUGAUCAUAGCUUUCCAGUGAUAAUUGGAAAGUUAUCACUGCCGUACUACCUUAUUGCAAUAUUCUACAUCAGUCAAUCAGUGAUAUUGGUUGGCAUAAUUGUAGUGCUUACAACGUCGAAACACACACGCAAAGCUGUAUACCUAUCCGGUGUAGCAAGUAUCUUGUUUCUUUUGAUAUCAGGAGUCUUCCAAACCAUACUAAUAAAAGCAGAAUUAAACAAUACAAGCGAUAUAGUAUUGACAUUUCUCCUUUCUACGAGUAUAACUGUGGUUGAAAUUGGAGAACAAUUUUUUCUUCUUACUGUUUCGGCAAAUCUAAUAUCUUCAAAACAUCAGGGAUAUGUGGAAAGUAUAAGAGAUGUGCUGAGAGGUAUUGGAAGUAUUCUUGGAAGUUUAGUGUCUGCUUAUGUUGUCGACUAUUGUUUCACAUUCUUGAUUGGGUUAGCAUUGUCGUGUUUCAUACAACUGUUGGUGUUAAUUUUAAGAAGGAAAACAUACAAAGAUCCGAAAAUUCUGAUAUAGGUAGCAUUAGGUUAAACGCAAGUGUAUCAAAGUUAUAAAAAAAGAAGAAAAAUAUUUGUUAACUCAUUUUUUAAAAUAUUGUAAUAUGAUGUCAUAAAAGAACGGCAUUUACUUUUACCUAAGUUCAUUUACUAUUACUAGACUUAAAAAUUUUGACUUUCUUUCAUUUUUAGUAACUUUAAAUUCGUUAGUUUCUAGGAAAGUGAAAUAUACUCGAUCAGAAUAAUAUUUCGGUUAGGAAAUUUUUCCUACUACAAUUUUUGCUAACACAGAGGUCCGUGUUUACUAAAAUAUAAAUUGCAUUCCUUGAAAAUCAAAACAUCUAAAAGCACAACUGAGAUGAUAAAAAUUUACUUAAUUUUUAUUAUAUUUGUUUGAUUUACUUAAUGAACAAUAUAAAAUAUAUUUUUUUAUUAAUACAGUACUGAGCAAGCAUAAGUGUCUCCCAGUCAA